AUGGAUGUCAGGUCGUAUAGAGGAGCCGACUGCGCGUCAGACCACUUCCUCAUUGUGUGCAGGCUUAAACUCAUGUUCACCUACAUGCAUAAGAUGAAGGGGACACUGGAACCUGCUUUGAUUGUUGAGAAACUACGAGAAGAUGCCACUAAAGAACAAUAUGCUAUAGAAAUAAAUAACAGUUUUGAGGUCCUGGAGACCCUGGAACCAAGAGACAACGUGGAGGAAAGGUGGAAAGAAAUAAAGUCCAUGGUACUAAGUGUGUCGGAGGAUAUAUUGGGAAGAAAGAAGAUAAUGAAGAAGAGGAAAUGGUUCAACGAGACAUGCCACAAGGCUACAGAAAAGAGAAGGAAGAUGAGGGAGAAGUGGCUAGCUGGCAGGACGAGUGAACCGAAAAGGGAACGUUUUAUCAACAAUCAGAAGCGAGACAAAGCGAAUCCUAAGAGCAGAGAAGACAAUACAUUAAACCAGUUUGCUAGAGCAAGUUGA